UCCAUUUUUGUCUGUAUGAAAUUGAAACAAUGUAAUGUAUACAAUUCUUGAUAGAAAUCUGAAGUGUUUGUACACUUAUCGCUGUUGGAAAUUUUAAUGAGUUAUGUUACAGUCCUAUCGAUGUGUCGCUGUCACUGGAUAUCGGCUGGGAUGAGUUUACUUUAAAAAUAAGAGUGUAAACGUCUUUUUUAAGACUUUUGGAUUGAUUAUUGACAUCAUGGCAUCAAAACGGAUGAUUCGGCCAGACAUUCUGGGAAAAUUAAACAUCAUGGCAUCAAAACGGAUGAUUCGGCCAGACAUUCUGGAAAUAUUGAAAGACUAUACGUAUGUGGUCGAAUUGAACAUAUUCUCCGGUCGUCCGAAUCCAAUUGUGAAGAUAGACAAUGAAAAGAAAAUGGCGGAAUUCACAGAUCACGAGCACUUUCAUUCCACAAGCCUCGAGAAUAAGCUUGGAUACAGAGGUCUUAGCGUUUAUAAACGAAUAUCCAAAGAAACCAAAAUGAUGACAAUAGGGAAAGGAAAAGAUGUUGGCCUCGAGAAUUCUCUUUUGAAGAAAUUUGUUCACCUUGGCAAAUAUGUGACCGAACUUGUCCAGGAGAGCCAAACAACUGUGCUGGAAGGUAGUGGAAGCGAAGGCAAUGGAAAAGGCGGUGGAGGUGGCGAGGGUGGCGGAGGUGGCCAGCUCGGUGGCGCAGGAAGCCACCUCGGUGACGGAGGUGGCCAACCCGGUCGCGAAGGCGGAGGCGGAUUCGAAGAUGAAAGCGGAGGCGGCGGAGGUGGUGAAGGUGGCGGAGGUGGUGAAGGUGGCGGGGGUGAUGAAGGUGGCGGAGGCGGGGGAGGUGGUGAAAGUGGUGGAGAUGGUGAAGGCGGCGGAGGUGGUAGAGGCGGAGGUGGCGGAGAUGGCGGAGGCGGUCCUUCUGAACCAAUUGAAUUGUAUGCAUUGCCCAAAUAUGAUCCCGCUUAUUGGAAUAGUACUGACAAAUUAACCAAGAACAACUGUUACAACUAUGCGACAAACUUAACGACAGUCGAAUACGCACAGCCAGGGGGUACUGGUGAAUGUUUGCCUACCAACGGAAAAGAGGUUCUCGCCAGAUGCAUCAAAGAUGGUUACGUAAAGCGGACAGAUGGAAGCCCACCCUCCAUGAGUCAAAACACUGGUGCCGUUGCCUUGACCUUCAGCGAAAAGUGGACGGAUUUCCACUUUUACCGCCUCGACAACAAUUAUAGGUGGUCGCAUAAGCAAGGCAGUUUACCAGCUAAAAAUACUGAUGAAAUCGGCAAUAUAAUCAAUAACCUGGGAGCGGCAGAUAAGGAAACAUAUGAGUUGAUCUGUUACCUGGGAAACAACGAAAACGUCGUCUUCAAAACGUAAAACAGAGAUGUUCAUCAUGAUGUUAUUGUUUUUUUGUAUUUUGUAAACAUUUUUAUUGAGGAGGCUGUAUUUUUGCAAUUUUUACCCGUCAUUAUGUUGUUGUUGUUUAAAGAGUCAAAUAUUUCGUCUUCGAACGGCUGAUCAAGCCUAUCCAUAUUUGGUGUCAAUAACAUCACGAUAUUCUUUGUUAUUGACAGAAAGCUCAUUAUCACGGAACAUUGCACCACGUGCAUAAGGUUUGAUAGAAGUACAAUGCUUUUGAACGCUAUUGUCAUAUACUAGAUAAAUAAGAAGAACACUUGUAUUUGAGUAUCUGAGAGGAAAUACCAAGCCAGUGGUUACUAAGUUUAUAGUUUCAUUGGUUAAAAGUAUUCAUUUAAACACUGUGUCGACAAAUUAAUCAGUACAUGUCGUUCUUAUAAUAUGGCGUUUUAGCAUGAUUUUGUUUGAUUGUGUAUCUAUUCAGAUGUUGUUGUUUUUAGUAAACGUAGUUGCAUACUAUAUAAGAAUGAAUACUGUUUGAAUUGACGUUUGUUCCAAACACUCCAAUAAUGGAUUAUUCGAGACUUUGUAAAUAAAUAAUCGUAUAAAUUGAAA